ACACAGUUGGAAAAGCCACCAUGCCCGUGGAAUCUGAAAGUUCAAGACCUGAACCACAUCAUGCCUACAUGUAUGCUUCGUACUGUCGUUGACUUAGCCGGCACUUUCAUUCUUAUUCCCAGUCCCUGACUGAGCUCCCUCAGGAGUCAAAACGAAUGCCACUGGGCUGGGAGAAGUUAAACCACCGACCUGAAACAAAGAGAAGAUGGCAGCCGUUGUUCGAUAUGUAGCUACCAUUCUUCUGGCAUCCAGCUGCAUCGCGCUCAGCGCAGCUCCAAGUUCAAACAACAGAACAUUUGGCCCUAGCGAAGAAGCCGCCCGGCAGAACGCCUUCGCCAUCUUCAACGCCGUGCACUCGGCCUUCCGCCAGUGGGGCUCUUCGCUCAACCACAACGGUCUCUCGGCCUUUCUGGUCACGGUGCCCGAGGGCGUCGUCCUCCAUCACGGCACUUCAAGCCCAAACCCCCCGCCAGGGCCGGAAUGGCUCGCCUUUGAGAUUGAGCACGCCGAGCUCUUCGCUCGCCCGCGGAGGGAGAAGUGCCCUACGAAAUAUGGAUGCCCGCCGUACUCCAAGCCCACUAAUCACCACCCCUCACUGCAUCACUCUGAGCAGCAGCAACAACUUGAAACCACCACCAAACAAUUUACGGGCGAAACCUUAGUGCACCAACACGAACCACCUGCCGAUGAGCACGACGACUCCGACUCCGACUAUGGGGAACACGGCUACCUGCACCUGUACCGCACCACCGCCCCGCUGCGCCUGCUCUACCUAGACGGGAUGAGCGCGGGCAACACGGCCAUGGGCACGCUCGAUCUGCAGGACCUUGUGCUGCGCGGCGAGCGCGACGCAGACAUCAUGGACGAGCAGGCCCGCGCGGCCGCGCUGUGCGCCCUUCUGGCCGCGGACUGGGGUUUGCACGGCGUGCUGCGCAUGGAGGCUGGGUUUGAAAUCAUCAAAUGUGCGCCGUUCCUGGACGGGAUGGAGUUACUGGAGGCUAAUCGGCGUCCUGAGCGCAGGCCUGGAUUGAGUUUCGGUGGUGGUGGUGGUGGUGGUGGUGGUGGUGCGAGAGAGGGCCCAGGUGGCGGGACGGAGGGUUACACCCGCGUACACACGCUCGAGCUGGUGCGGGCGCUGGCGCAGCGGUACCACGGGAUUGGCGGCGGGAGGGUGGUGGUGGACUACUCCAGCAUGGUGUCUGGGCUGUUUUACGACGUGAAUCUCACCAACCCUGACGCCAGCCGCGCGGCGUUGCCGAGGCUGGUUGGGCUCUCGGACGGGGAGUUGCGCGGGAUUAAGGAGAGGGUUGAGGAGGUGGUACGAGCAAGGCGCGAAGGUGGGAAGAGGGUUGUUGACUGGCAAGGAGUUACGGAUUUGAUUGUCGCGAGGUAUGCGGACCGGCUCAUGUACAUGGCCUGGCAUAUCGAUGCCCUCGAGGACAUGCAGGGCGAGGUCAAUGCUCUGCUGAAUACUUACAUCGACUAUGGGGCCGAGGACAAGGGAUUCAAGGCCGCCACUGCGCGCUGUUCGAAGCAUUAUACCAGAACAGUGCGACCUGAGACGCUAGAGGACGGCGUAAUCCUCACGGCCCUCGAGACCGUAACGUUCAGGAUCUGCCGAGUCUUGUUCGAUGUGCGAGAGUUGGUCGUUGGAGAUACUAAAGCCGGUGAAGAGGCCUUUACAUAUGCCAAGUUGAUGCUGCGAGGGCUCAUGGACCAGUUGAGGUGGACAAGAUGGAAGGAGUGUCUUGGUUGUGGUUACCAUGAGGUUUGUUUCGUCCCUAUGUGGCCAUUUGGCGACAAGGACUCGUAUGAGCGGCCAAAUUGUAGGAACGCUACCUCCAUCCAAAAUGGAUGGCGGGACAACGGGUAUUGGGAGUGGCCCAGAAGACGGAGGCCAGGGCAUGGACAGCUCGGGGAAGAUGUCGAGGAUAAGCCAGGUGAUCUAUGAGACUGACAUCUGUCCAUUUGUUCACGUAUGAGAUACCUCAACUUGUUGUUAUUGCAUUGCAGAGACAGGUGAGGUAUACAAAACUUUGAAGACCGUGGUUAGGUUUGGAAUGGGUAAAAAUGUUGAUACAUCUGCGAAAAAAGCAGAACCACAC